AUCCUGCGAUCCACAAAAGGCAUGUACAUGAAACACAGAAUCUCCUAGGAUUCUCAGUAGAGAACGCAGAAACUUCGACAGUGAUCCGCUGGCACUGAUCCUCUCGUGUUUCCUGGACCAUUACCUUGGAGAAGUUUUCAAAGCUCUCGCCUUUGGCUCCCUCUUUUCAUGGAUCUUAAGCCCGAACAGAACCGGAGGCACCACCUUCAGCCGCCGUCCCUUUUGCCGUUGAAGAUCAGGAGGGAACUCGGCUGCACGCUUUGGAUCGUCAUCCUGGUGGUCUCCUCUGUUGCCUUCCUCGGCCUUGUGACCCCCCUAGACCCCCAGUCCCUCCUCCGGUUCGGUUUCCUAUCGGAUAUCCUGACCAGGCAGGGAGCGCCAUCUCGGGGCUGUGAUUACUCGAGGGGAAGGUGGGUCAGGGACGUCAGGGAAUCGUCCAGGCUGUACAAUGAGAGUUGCCCGUUUCUUGAUCCGGGGUUCCGGUGCCGUCUUAAUGGUCGGAAAGACUUGGAUUACCUGAAGUGGCGGUGGCAACCCGAGGGCUGUGAUCUUCCAAGGUUCAAUGCCACCGACCUCCUAGAGAAAACCCGAAAUGGAAGGAUAGUCUUUGCGGGAGAUUCAAUCGGACGGAACCAAUGGGAAUCCUUGGUAUGCAUGCUCUCAAGAGCUGUUUCCAAUCUGUCUUCGAUAUAUGAGGAGAAUGGGAACCCAAUAACCAAGCACAAGGGCUACCUCUCCAUCCGGUUCCAGGACUACAAUCUCACGGUCGAGUACUACAGGACACCUUUCCUGGUCACGACUGGGCGGGCUCCACAAAAUUCAUCGACCAAGGUCCGGAUAGCCAUCAGGGUUGAUGAAUUGCACUGGUAUUCGAGGAAGUGGGUUGGAGCGGACGUGCUGGUGUUCAACGCUGGGCACUGGUGGAACCCAGACAAGACCACAAAGAUGGGAUGCUACUUCCAGGAAGGAAAAAAGAUCAACAUGACAAUGAAUGUGACGGAAGCCUACGAGAGAUCGAUUCUGACAUGGAAGUUGUGGGCACUGAAGAACUUGGACCCCAGCGGAACUCGAGUAUUUUUCCGAAGCUAUUCUCCCGUACACUACAGCGAUGGAAAAUGGGACGAAGGUGGGAAGUGCAGUGGGAACAUGAAGCCCGAGACUGACUACAUGAAACUUGAGCCCGACCCGUCUAGUAACCGUUACAUCUCUGAUGUGAUCAAAGGCAUGGAUGGUGGAGGAAACAGAACGGUUGAAUUCUUAAACAUCACAUUCUUAACAGAGUCCAGGAAGGACGCACACCCUUCGAACCAUCGGGAGCCCGGGACGCCCCCUGAUGCUCCAGAGGACUGCAGCCAUUGGUGCCUCCCAGGAGUUCCUGACACAUGGAAUGAACUGCUCUAUGCCCAUCUCCUGUUGAGUGGAUUCAGAGAGUGACUAUUUCUCCUUACGGUUGCAGAAACAAUCCAAACUAAUCAUAAAGGUGAACUCUUGAACA